UCGGUCAAGAACUUCUGCCGGACCCCGUUGCCUUAGCAACGGCUCUCGAGCGGCCCUUCGUAUUGCUCCAUGUCGUUGCCGGAGCCGGUGAGAAGGCGGCUGAAUUCGUUCAGCCGAACUGUUUUUACGGACAACAACCGCACGGGACCCGAAAACAGAGGCGACGCCAACCACAUCGAUAAUGAAAUAGUCUCCAGUUUGCCCUUACAGAUGUCCCUGUAUUUCAACUUCUGGUUCUUCCCUUUUUGGUGGGCAAGCAGUAUUGCCAUGUUGCAGCAGAAGUAUUCAGUCUUACCAGAUUACUACAAAUUCAUCCUUGUGACAAGCAUUAUAUUAACAACUUUAAUUGAGGUUAUACGUCUAUACCUUGGAUACAUGGGAAAUUUGCAGGAGAAGGUUCCUGAACUAGCUGGGUUUUGGCUCCUGAGUCUCCUUCUGCAAGUGCCCCUAAUUCUUUUCCUACUUUUAAAUGAAGGGCUAAGGAUUCAACCUUUGGAACGAGCAGUCAACAUCAUUUUUGUAGUAUUUCUUGUCUUCCAAGUCAUUACUGCAUUCCUUGCUCUCAAAAGAAUGGUGAACCAACUUGCAACUCAUUUCCAUCUUCAUGAGUUUGACCGCUUAGAUGCUCAUCUUCCCUCUGAUAACUUAGCUUGCCAGGCAAGGAGACUGGAAGCUGCAGGGAUUAUGGGACAACAAGUGGGAGAACUUCAUUCAACAAGUGGUGUUUGGAAAUCUGCAGUGAGAGCCUGAUGGUAAGCAGAGCAACCCCCCAGCGAAGAUCCUCUGCUUUUUGCCUUAAUUAUGUGAGUUUUAGAGAAUUUGAUUUAGAAAUUCACCUAGUUCUGGAUAGCGCAAACUUAAGUGGAGUGAUAUCAACAAGGUAUUCACUGUGGACUGAUUCAGAUGCAGUGGGAAGUUUUAAGAAACAAUUGUCAUUGGGCCCAUCUUUUGCAAAGUGUGAUUCUUGAGGGGAUUAGUCAUCCACUCAUUUCUGCUUAUAUUAUCUAUUAUGGAAUCUGUAUUGUAAUGACCUUCAGCUGUUUUUUCAACAUGUCCAGACAUUUUUCAGUGGAGAAAAAAAACAUUGUUUGAAUCAGCAUUCAGAUUCCACAAUCCUUUAUGGACACCUGAAAAGUGAGGAUUUCUAUAACCUAAACUGUUAGAAAUAUGAAACCUUUUAUGACCUUAAAAUAAUUUAAAUAGGGCUAAUUAAACCAAAAAUAUGACAUUUAAAGCAAAAAUAUGAUUUUACAAUUUUUCUGAAAGUAGCACCCACUUUUUAAAAAUAGUGCACACGCCAACACACACACACACACACGUCUCCCUGAGUUGGGGAGGGAAUAAGAAAAGCACGCAAAUCCUCACUUUCUUUGCUGGCUCAAACUUGCUAGCUUAUCAGGAGACUUGUCAGUGACUAAAAUAUGAUGUUUGCUACAAAAUUUAGCAGAAAUAUGCUAAUAACAUUUUAACAAGUCAAAAUAUGACUUUUCAGGAAUAAAAAGCAUCUACUUGUAAUUCUCACCAGAUUACUCUAAAAUUUAAAACAUGUUUUAUUUAUAAACUCAAAUAAGGUUCCAGAAAAAAUCUUGACAUGUUAUAGAAAUCCUCGCCCUAGUGGUUAAAGUUUUUUUUAAAACAAAAUUGUUUUUAUUUUGAGAUACAUAUUUAAAAGAUUCUAUGGUACUCUUUUAUAAACAAUAAACUUUUAAAAAUAUUAUUUUAGUAUAUUCUAGUUUUAACAUUUUAAAAAACAAAAUAGCACUUUUCACUGAGAUGCUACAAAAAUUGCAACCAAAUAUCUCCCCGUGUUUAUUUUCCAGAAAAGGGGAAAGCAUCAUCCCUUCUGUAUAACUUAAAAUAGACUAGUUUUAAGUAAUGUAUAUAAAGUGAAGCCAAGAUCUAUUCAUAUACUGUACAGAGUGUUAUGAUCUAUAUACAACGAAUAAUAGCUCAACUAUUUUCUAAUAGAAUGCUAAGUAUUUUAAAAAAUGCUUUGCAAAAUGGACAUAACUACUUAAAAAGUUAAAAAUAUUCACAUUCUACUUGUUACAAAAAUUAGAAUGCUGGGAGAAGCAGAUGAAGUAGAAUGCCCAAAAUUUGACCCUAUGGAAAUAUGUGGCUAAGCAAGCAAGCUAGCUAAGAUAAGGAUGUUAACUUUGAAAUCAGACAAGAACCGGAUGACAGCAACCAGAGAUAAAAAAAAGUUAGCUGCCAUGCAGCAAGUCAUGUUUGACUCACUAACCUAAUUGCCAACAAAAGGACAGCUGAGGUGACAUAUGAUGAAAUGCUGGCAAAGGAUAAAAGGCAGAGCUGCAGGGGUUUCUGUGAGAAAAUCUUUAUUUGGGCACGUUGCCAUAAAUGUAUGCCAAGCACUCCUGUCUUCCACAACCCCAUUCAUCACCUAGCCAGUUCUGUGAUAGCAACUGAGUAUAUGCCUGAAUCCAUGUGUGGGUGUGGGUGUAUGUGUGCAUGUAUGUGUAAUGCUUAAGAAAUU